AUGUCCGCCGAGAAAGAGAGAGAAACCCAAGUUUACAUGGCCAAGCUUUCUGAACAGGCUGAGAGAUAUGAAGAAAUGGUUGAAUGUAUGAAGAAAGUUGCAAAACUUGAUGUUGAACUAACUGUGGAAGAGAGGAACCUCCUCUCAGUUGGAUAUAAAAACGUCAUUGGUGCACGAAGAGCCUCAUGGCGAAUUAUGUCAUCAAUUGAGCAGAAGGAAGAAUCCAAGGGUAAUGAACACAAUGUUAAACUGAUCAAGAACUACUGCCAAAAGGUCGAGGAGGAACUCUCAAAAAUUUGUGGUGACAUUCUGACUAUUAUAGAUCAGCACUUGGUUCCUUCUUCCACCUCGGCAGAAGCUAAUGUUUUCUAUCAUAAGAUGAAAGGUGAUUAUUUCCGGUAUCUUGCUGAGUUCAAGACUGACCAAGAAAGGAAAGAGGCUGCUGAGCAGUCACUUAAAGGAUAUGAGGCUGCUUCAGCCACUGCAAACACUGAUCUUCCAUCAACACAUCCAAUCCGUCUUGGACUUGCACUCAACUUCUCUGUCUUUUAUUAUGAGAUUAUGAACUCUCCUGAAAGGGCUUGCCAUUUGGCCAAACAAGCUUUUGAUGAGGCGAUUGCGGAGUUGGAUACCUUGAGUGAAGAGUCAUACAAGGACAGCACUUUGAUCAUGCAGUUGUUGAGAGACAACCUGACCCUCUGGACCUCUGAUUUGCCUGAGGAUGGAGGUGAGGACAGCGGAAAAGCUGAUGAAGUCAAACCUACUGAGCCUGAGCAUUGA